UCUGACAGCGACACAAACAGCUCACCCACGAGCCUUGGCAUACGACCUCACCUUUGCCUAGCACUUAAGACUACCCGAUGCUGAAACAAUCGCCAUGACGCACUCAGUGGGCGGAGAGGUGGAGCAGAUACACGAGCUGGAUGCGCAGCUGCGAUCCGAUGCUCUUUCACAUCUGCGCCGCUUCCUCUCCAUCAUUUCCCCAGCAGACCUAGUUGACGAUGAAGCAGCGCCUCUCCCAGACUCAGAUUUCGAGCUGCGCGAAGCGCCCUUGUCAGCAUGGACGAAGCUGCACUCCACGCCAGCGCUCGACAUUGUUCGACAUCCCACCAUGCCCCUCUUCAGCAUCAGCUCGUUCCUAGGUGGCGUCACUGUGGAGCAGUUUUGGACGCUCAUGGCUAGUAUAGAGAACCGCAAGCUCUGGGAUGCGAGCUGCGAGAGCGGACACGUCGUGCGAUGGCUGGACGGGCUGGGCAGUCUCAAGCAAGCUCUGAGAGUGGAAGAGAUGCGCUUCGGAAGCGUCUUCAUGGUGGCAAAGCCACGAUGCUUGCGCCUGCUGAGUGUCGAUGUGCAGCUCGCUAGCACGGCAGACUCUCCGAUGCGGUUGGCGUCCAUCAGCGCCUCGACUCGCGGGCCUCCUCCUCCCAAGGGCUACACACAAUUCGAAUUGGGAAUCGGUGGUUUUCUCGUCGAGGCGAUUCCAGCCCAGGACGGCAUUCGCGUUACUCAGCUGUCCGAUCUGGGUGAAGUUGCUGCGUGGGUCCCUCAAAGCGUGGUGAAGCUGGUCAGCGCAACGCUCGUCCCUCGCAGUUUAGCCAACAUCGCCAAGAUUGCCAAGCGACUCGGAGAGAACCCGAUACUCACGGGCGAGACGUCUAAAUAUAGUGAAGACAUGGAAGCUGAUCCGCUUAUAGAGGUGUCGGGAGGUGCUGUGUGGCACAGAGAGCGCCUCCUGCCUCCUCUUCUACAUACAUGCUUGGCAGAGCUACAGCCAGAGGAAUUGGCGCAGCCCGCAUCGUCAUGCUCACCACUCGAGAGUACGCAGCUCGGCGACCAGAUGAGCGCUCCUCAUCGUCGUGCUCACUCAAGAUCCAUCUCCUCCGCCUUGAGCAAAUCACCGCAGCCCUCCGGCAGCUCCUUCACGCUCACCUUGCAACGCCUCUCGACUCGUCUGUCCAGCUCUUUUCGAAGUCCCUCCACUUCCCCAAAGGAGCUCAGAAGAGGCGCAUCCGAAGGAGCCGAAGGCUAUCCCUUUCCGUCGUGCCCCACUCCAGCGAAGAAUAGACCCGCCUUCUUGCGUUCUAAAUCCGGCUUGUCUGCAACUUCGACCGACAUUAGCAGCUCAGUGUCGACGAUGCAAGACUUAUGUAGGACGUGGGAAGAAUCUGCAAGUCUUGGUGGCAGUGAAACUGUCCCGGGCACGCCAGUCGAUGAGACCAUGGCAAGGAGUGGUCAGCUUGCCGGCGUGGAGGAGGUCGACACGUCAGCCGAAGAGAACUCACCGGAUCCAGGGGCACUGGGCCUUUCUGAUGACGAGGAGCUGGUGCCACCUCUGACAUCAAAACCUCGCCAUUCCUAUGCGGAACGGCACACGAUCGAUGCUCACUGGAAGCGGCUGACGCUUGCCAUAGCUCAGGGGAAGCGUGCUGUCGACCCGCAAGGGAUCAGCUCCGGCGCUUCGGCACCCGAGUCUUCCUCCGUUGCUCCCAUGGGCUCUGAAACACACAGAACAGCCACCUCGGAUGCAAACACUGCCCAGGCGUCCGAGAUCCCAGAGCUCCUUGCAGAUGCGUUGCAAACCUCGUUGUUGCCUUUUGAUGGGCGCCGGCGAUCGCGCAGAGUGGAUCGCCGAAUGUCGAGAGCAGAGCGCGACGCCCAGCGGCUGUCGAACUUUCUCAUACUCGGAUCUGAUGCGCUUUCCAUGGUUCUUGCUCCCGCGGCGAGACAGAGCGUCAUAGAAAGGCCCACGCCGAUUGCGUCGUCGAAUCUAGAUCCUUGGCAAGAAGGCGAGGACGGGGGUUUCAGCUCUCACGGCGAUGAUUGGGAUGCCUCGAAGCCAAGCAAGCUCUCAGCCAGUGUGCUCCCACCCUCUCUGAAGAAGCUGGGCAGAGCUCAAAGUGCCUCCUCAGCAAGCGUGUGCACCGCCGCGACCCACGCAUUCGGUCAUCACGAUGCAACCAUUUCACAGGCUCAUCGUCCUGAUUCGACCAUCGAAAAAGAAUCCGGUCAUAGCCAAGGCUGGAGCUACUCUUCCAUAGCUGAAGUGCCGUAUGCGGUCGCUCUGGGACUGAUCAAUCUGAGCUACGUCGCUCUGGCGACGGCUGGACGCCAAUCCGAGCCAAAUUCACCUGAUCCUGCUCACGGUGCGCGCAGGACAAGUGGUGGCUGCUCAUCGAUUGCUUCCGCUGGUCUAGAUCACUUCGCAUCUGCUGCUUCCAUUACACAUGGCAACUCGGCAUUUGUAGCGCCAUCGUCUCCAAGCCAACUUUCCAUCGCGGCCGAGCCGGCCAGGAGAUCCACGUAUGAUCCAGCAGACUCCAAGCUACAUCCUUUCCCAGGAUCGCUGGGCCGAAAGCAUGCAGGUGUCGAUUUGCCGCCGAUUGGUCAACAUCACUACCAGUAUCUAGAGAGGGCUGCUGAAGUGCACUCAGCGACGACAGGCGAAGCUUCGACGCAACAUACCGAGUCUUCGUAUAUCGCCAGUAGCCUCAAUUGGAUCGCCAGAUCCGUCUACUUGCGGUGAUGCUCCACUACGAGGACUCGCUGGAUCGAGCGGUAACCGCUUGCGACGUUGCGUACUGUACCCGUGCAUCACGCGUACAGGUCACCUCCAGGAGACGCCUGCUAAGCUCACGUGCACACCGGGUGAGCAAAUUGCAAGGCUCUAAUCCGUGAUAGCGCUCGGAGUGCGACUUAAGCCGUACGAAAGAGGAAAGCGGUAUGUUUGUCGCCGAUUGACUAGGCAGCGGGCGCGGAUGGGGAAAGGAGGCAUGUGUAUGAUGGCAUGCAUGCAACACCGCCUCAAGCAUGAGGCGGAAUUCUGUAGCCGUUCUAGGUAGGAGAUCGGUCAACGCGCAG